GCCGAAGCCUUGGUCCUGGCCAAGAGAGGUUUAAACCGAGAUCCCUUAAGAGAUUAUCGGGGGAUUUGAUGAUGUCAUCUCAGAUUAUUUUGGUCACCCAAUCCAUAUAUGUGAAACUUCAGAAGGGUUUACCAAUGAAGCAACUUACCGAGCAAUCGGAGUAGAUAUAGUAAACUUUGAACAAGCAAAGUAUGUUCCUGCUUUGACCGCCAGGGGAUUUGAGAAAACAAAAAUUCCAAAAUUGAUGUACGCUCAGAUACUUACUGCAAGGAAAAGAUCUCUAGCUCGUGAAAAGUACAAGGUUGAAUAUUGUGAUUAUGGAAUGCAGAGUUGUCAGAUGGUGGUGCAGAGUAAUAUUAGCAAGGAAUGUCAUCUAGUGAGCACAGAACACUAUCAAAUGCUUAAAAUCGAUCCCUCAGUGAUCUCAAGUGUUUUUGAAGAGCUGAAACCCUUAGCUGAAAAGUGGAUUGACAACAGAAUUGAGUUGGUUGGAACUGCUGUCUACGGGUUGAGAAAGUACACACGUGGAGCUUGGCUUCAUGCCCAUCUUGAUCAUUUGAGAACUCAUGUGGUCUCCGCCAUUUUGAAUAUUGCUCAGGAUGUUGACGAGGACUGGCCUCUACAGAUAGAAGAUCAUCAAGGAAAUAAAUACGAGAUUAUUCUAGCACCAGGGGACAUGGUUUGGUAUGAGUCAGCUAAGCUUAUUCAUGCUAGGAUCAAACCAUUUAAAGGGAGAUCAUAUGAAAAUAUAUUUGUUCACUACAUGCCUCGAUCUUUAAACUGGUAUACAGAGGACGUGGGAUUAACAUCGGAACCUUCGAGGAUAAUUACAAUAAGUGAUCUAGAAAAUGCAGAAAUAGAGUUCAAGGAACAAAGAAAGAAAGCUCGAGAUGAACUUGAAAAAAGAGAAAAAUCAAUGGAGGAGAAAUAUUCAGCACUGUCUGUGGAGGAAAGACUGGCCGUGUUAUCAAAAUUAUAGUUUUUUGUCAAAUUCAUAUUAUUCAAUCUUUCCAUGAAUAUCGCAAAAUAUGUAUAUAAAAAAAAUGUUGUAUUCUGGAAAAGUUUUUUUUUAAAAAUAUUCUUUCUUUAUUUAGAUCUUGUGGAGAUUAUGAGAAAGUAAAUUAAAUUGUGUAGAGUGCAUACAUUCAUCUACAUUGUUUCUUUUAUUCAAUUUCCUUGCUUUUCUUCACUCAGAAAGUUUAGUAGAAUUCAGAGAUGGAAACCUCUGAAUAAAAUGUGUUAAAUCUAUAAACAAUUGUAGAACUCAAAGAAAGGAGUGGCUCGAAAUGAAUAAAAAGAACCUAAAAUAGCUAUCUACCAGGGAUGGAACUUUGUUCCCUAAACUAAUAAUCCCGAUUAACUGCGGCUUCCGAACAUACAACAAAGAAACCGUCACCCAAAAUCAAAAAUAAUGAAAAAUCUCUUUAUAUCCUGAAAAAUACAUUUAAUUAACACGGUUACAAAUUGUGAAAGUAAUUUUUAUAAUAAAAAAAAUGCUUAGGAUCUAGUAUUGGGAAGACGGGCACAAAUUGGAUAUAAACAGUACUAAAAUGACGUUUUUAACUUCUGAAAUAAAAUGGCAAUUGAA